AAUUUUAAGGCACAAUCUUUCAAAUUUGUAUUUCCACCAUUUAUUCAUGACACUGAACUUGCCUACAUAAGUUCCAAGACAAAUGGAAUAACUAGAAACAUCGGAGCUCCAUCAUCUGCUACAAUGACUCCAGUGGUCGGGUUUUGCUUCCAGGACUCACACCAAGAUCCAUUCAGCUCUACAACAGCAUCAGAAGGAUGCCAGAGGAUGAAAAGGGUGACACCAGCUUUAGAUAUUUCUGCAGGGAACUCAAGUGGAGAAAUCAUCCCUGCUUUAAAAACAGUGUGUUACAAUAUGAGCACCUUAGGUUUCCGACUUUGUAUUUUGUAUGUAAGCAUCUCAGCCGCAUACAUCAAGCCUGUUCCCCUCUAUCAUGUCAUCGGGGAGCAUUUUAUCAUAGUGACUGCUCGACCAGAACCAGGAAUUCAGAAAGUACAAGUGGCCGUUCAGACAGGUUGUGAGGCUCCAGCAAAGAUGGUGCAGCUAGUACAUUUUGAAGCGGAGAAGUCAUCAUCAGAGGAAAGAGGCACAUUUGAAGAACUGGAAGAAAUGGACAAGCCCACAUUCCUUGGAGACACAUUACCCCGAACAAUGACAGCAAUCGCUCAAGCGAUUCAGACUGACAACAAGGAGCGAGGUUUUCAAGUAACAGGCUACAUUAAUUCUAACAGAAGCAAAGGCAACAUGCGGCUAGUGGUGGUUCCGCUGACCAAUGAAAAGUGGGAAGUCUGUGCUGAUGCCACUGUAUUACCCCUAAAAACCAAGGCCAGGCUGAGAUGGGGCAUGGAUUGUAACAAUUACAAAACAGAAGCUCAGGCGGCUGUGGGCCAGCCCAGUGUGAAGUCAGGGAAACUGCCUGGAGAACAUUUGAUGGCACGGAGUUCAAGUGUUCCCAUCCUCACGGCCAUGAACUUGUUGUGGCCAAAGACUGCCGUGUAGCCCCCAAAUUUGUGCUUCUCACAAAGAAAGAAUCUACCAGUUCCACAAGAGAGGUUUCCCUAUUUUUGGGGAAAAGGAGAAUAGCAAUCUAUCCUUUGUCAUCAUCAAAUCUCUGUGUAACUUUGGAUGGCACCCUGUUAUCAACAAAUGAAGCUGUAUAUGAGGAGAAAGAAGACUACAUAAAUAUUUACCAACAAAAUGGAAGCAUUACUAUACUAGCACCUGAAUUUGGAUUAGAAGAAUUAGUUUAUGAUGGCAAAAUACUUAAGAUUACCAUCUCUUCUUGGAUGAGAGGGAAGACCUGUGGAAUUUGUGGAAAAGCAAAUUGGGAGGCUGAAGAUGAAUUGGAAAUGCCCAAUCAGAAGCAGGCCCAUGACUGCAUGGCUUUUUUUCAUGCAUGGUUGUUGAUCAAAGAAAACUGUGACAAAGAUGCAAAAUGCAAAGGAAGUAUGAGUCCUUGGACCUUGUGGUGAAAGGAGAGGAAUCCACAUGUUUCUCUACUGAGCCAGUUUUGAAAUGUAGAAAAGGCUGCAGGUCAACUGAGACCACCAGACUUCAUGUUGGUUUCCAUUGCUUCCCCAGAGAUUUGUCAAUGAGUCUGGCCCAAUGGGAAGACACAAGGGACAAGCAAACCCUUGCAGAAGACGAAGUGGAAGCCGUAGAUGCUGACCUCAAUUGCACAUGUAUGAAUGACCGUCCUCUAGUGUGAGGCCAUGCCAACAUCCCCAAAAUACACCCUGACUUAUGAAGGGAAUAGGGGACAUUGAAAAAAAUAAUUUUUAAAAUAUGCUUGAAAAGCCAUA